AAAAAAACUGCCACAACAACAUGUUCAGCGCAAAACAAGUAACUGCUAGUAAACAUUUCAAAGUUUUCCUUUAUGAAAACUCCUCAAUUCAACCACUCUCUGAAACAACCUUGAAGGAGGAAAAACCAAAGAGUGUCCACAGACUCAUUUUGGAUCAAAGUGGCAUUACCUUUGAGGAAUUCGUUCAAAAAUUGAAAACCAAAUCCAUUGUCACAGAUACCAAUUUCAAACUCUUCUAUCUCGACGAUCAAAAUGAUUGGGUAUCCUUGUCAGAUGAAGAAGAUUGGAAGAUUUUGAACUCAAUUCUCGCUUCUGAAACUGUUAUCAAGAUUGUCUGCCAAAAUAUUGUUCCAAAGAGUGAAACUGAUAACAAUGAUAGUCCAAAGGAUCCAUUUAGUGAAAUUUUCAAGAAUUUCAAUUUGCAUGGUGGUAGAAGAGGUCAAGGACAUUGUCCAUUUGGUGAUGCUCGUCCUCAAUCUGGUUGUCCAUGGUCACGUGGUGGUUGUAGAAGAAGAGGUGGUAUGGGAGCUGGUUUUGAACAAUUUGCUCCACUCAUUGAAAAUGUUGUUGGAUCCUUGUUCAAUAAUCCUAAUAAUGGUCAACAACAACAAGGAGCCAAUCCAUUCGAUUUGUCAUCAUUGUUGAAUAAUCUCUUCCCAGGAGCAGCCCAACAACAACAAACUCAAGAAAAUGCUCCACAACAAGAAGAAUCAAAGGAAUCAUCCAAUAUUGCCAAUUCUCAAAUUCCACCUCAAUUCAACGGUUGGAAUGAUUUGAUUAAGAACUUUUGUGGAAAUUUGAAUGAUAAGGCCAAUAAUGGAUCUUUUAAUAUUCCACACUUUGGCAUUGUUUGUGAUGGAUGUGGAAAGAGAAACUUUACUGGAUCAAGAUGGAAUUGUGCUGAUUGUGGUGAUUUUGAUUUUUGUCAAGAAUGUUUUGAAACUAAGGCAAAUGAUCACUUUGAUGGAUUCCACAGUUUCAGCCAAGUUGAACCAAAGGCCAAGAGUUUCCUCUCAAAUUUUGUAAAGAAGAUGGAAGGUAAUCAAUCCGAAUCAGCUCAACAAGAAACACCAACUCAACAAGAUUCAGUUCCAGAAACUCAAUCCCAUGAAAGAACUGAACAAGUUCUCCCAGAAGAAAAGCUCGAUGAAGAAUUAUACCCAUCAGUUGACAAUGUCACCACUUCACAACUUCUCUCCAGUCAAUUGGAUUUACCAACUGCUCCUGUUGAACAACCACAAACUCCAGUUGAACCAACACCAGUCGUUGAAUAUGCAGUCGAGCAACAAUUAUUAAGAGACAUGGGAUUCGUUGAUGAUCAAGCCAAUACUAGAUUGUUAAAGAAGCACAAUGGUAACAUUCAAAAAGUCAUUACUGAUCUCCUCUAAAUUGUCUCUACAAUCUCUGUAAAUAUAUCAACUAACUAUCUAUAUCUUGUAAAUAAUAAAAACUCAUUUCCC